AGUAGCGGUUACUGCGCAUGUCCGAAACUGCCAAAUAUGAACGCUGCUCCAACAUCUCAAGACAUCUGACCAAACCAGGUAGGGGUAUUUCAUAUCUUGACAGGUAUUUUUCAUGUCUUGCUGUUUCUUCAGCGGUUAUUAACACACAUGCGCAGUCCUCUUGCCUUUUAUGCAUCGUGAUAAUAUUAGUUAGCCCGCUCGCAAUGCAAGUUCAACAACCACCAAUGUUGACAGUGAGGAACAGAAUUUGUCUCGCUAUCUUGUCACUACGCUAGUUAGCUAGCUAGGUCCUAGCUGGCUAAUUAUCGCUCUGCAUAUGAAGGAAAGGCUUUAUGGUCGUAGCAAAUUCUUUGACAUGAUAUAACUAGCUAGCUAUUCUAGCUAAUGUUAUGCUAUGUCUUGACCUGGUGAAAACACUGACCAGACAAUAGACCAAUGUCAAUGGCUAACGUGAAUGGAAGGAAACCGCUUUGUUAGCGCGCGCUCUUUCCGCAUUUCUAGCUAGCUCUACCUGUCACCUUUGCCAGGGUUACCACUAACGUUAGCUACAAGCUUUCACGGCAUUCGCAGGUCCUAGCUAGCUAGCCGUGAAAGGUGACCAACUUAAUUUAGUCCGUUUUAUUCUAGCUAUAUUAAUGCAUUUCUUACCCAUAUUAAUGCAUUUCUUACCCAGCCCCAUAUAGCCAGGUGGCUAUGCCGAAGUGUGGUGUCGGCACCUUGUCGCUUGCCAUAAUGACAUUCGCCUGUCACAUUCAUUCUCCUAGUCAGUGUUGGCUAACUAGCUACACUGAAAAAAAUAUAUAAACGUAAAGUGUUGGUUUAAUGAGCUGAAAUAAAAUAUUACAAAUGUUCCAUACGCACAAAAAGCUUAUUUCUCUAAAAUGUUGUGCACAUUUGUUUACCUCCCCUUUUAGUUGGCAGUUCUCCUUUGCCAAGAUAAUCCAUCCACCUGACAGGAAUGGCAUAUCAAGAAGCUGAUUAAACAGCAUUAUGAUUACACAGAUGCACCUUGUGCUAAGGACAAUAAAAGACCACUCUAAAAUGUGCAGUUUUGUCACACAACACAAUGCCACAUCUCAAGUUUUGAGGGAGGGUGGAAUUGGCAUGCUGACUGCAGGAGUGUCCACCAGAGCUUUUGCCAGAGAAUUAAUUUCUCUACUAGAAGCCGCUUCCAACGUUGUUUUAGAGAAUUUGGCAGUAUGUCCAACCCGCCUCACAACCGCAGACCACGUGUAUGGCGUCGUGGGCGAGCGGUUUGCUGAUGUCAACAUUGUGAACAGAGUGCCCCAUGGUGGCGUUCGGGUUAUGGUAGGGGCAGGCAUAAGCUACUGGCAACAAACACAAUUGCAUUUUAUCGAUGGCAAUUUAAAUGCACAGAAAUACCGUGACGAGAUCCUGAGGCCCAUUUCUUUUAAAGUAUCUGUGACCAACAGAGGCAUAUCUGUAUUCCCAGUCAUGUGAAAUCCAUAGAUUAGGGCCUAAUUUAUUUAUUUAAAUUGACAGAUUUCCUCAUUUAAACUUAAAAUCAGUAAAACCUUUGAAAUUGUUGCAUGAUGCGUUUUAUAUUUUUGUUCAAGAUAGCUAGCUGUCUUGAUAACAGUUGUGUCAUCAUCAGUGUCCCUUGCUGGCUGAUCCUGCAUAAUAAUGCAGUUCUACAAUAUAGCUGAAAUCUAUAGCCAGCUAACUAAAGUCAUUUAUUUUUAGCUGGAGGCGGUGCUCAGCUGCAUCUCUGUACCUGGGAUUGCAGCCCUCUGGCUUGAAGUCAGUGACCCAAUAUGAUCCCAUAUUGUAGUGUUGUUCAGCUCAACAAUUUUGUCAGUUUUUGUCAAGGAUGGCCAUUGGCCAUUGUUAAUCCUCUGUCAUGCAACAUAAUUUUUUUCCUGCUUAAAACUAUAGACAUACUUAGAAUGCUUUGCCCUUAAUUGCUCACUCAACCUUUGCCCUGAGACAUGGCUGUGUAGACUAGAUGGUUGUGACUAGAUGUAGUAUAGCUACGACCAGAAGUGAGUUUUCGUAGCAGGUUUGGAGAGCAUUUUAGCUAACCCUAUUUCUAACCUUAUCCUAACCUGCAGCUUAAGUUCUCCUAACCUGCUAUGAAAAGUAACUUCCGGUCGUAGCUGUAUAGUACCUAGUCAAAACCAGUCUCAGCCGGUCAGGGCAACCUUAACCUAUAUAGCUAGUGUGGGUUGCAUAUUUGUAGCCUACAUCAAAGGUCUUCUUCUGAAAUGGCUCACAUACAGACUAGCUUACACAACAUUCCCUUUACUUUGUCCUGUCCUCCCCCUGCAUUAAGUUCCAAAUAGCCUGUCAAGCAAACCAAUAUGUUUGUAACAGAUGUUAUCUCAUUCUUUUCCCCUAUCUACUUCUCUCUGCAGUGAACAUCAUGGGUGGUUGAGAGAUACACCCUGGACUUAUUUGUUGUGAAGAGGACAGGCUAGUUAGGCUAGGCUAUACUCUAGACCCCUCAGCCGCAGUCCAGAAGCUUCUGCAGCCAUGGCUGAAGAGGACUACGGCUGCUUCGUGGACUGGACCCAGAUGGGGGACCUGGCCAACAGCAGUGGCCCCUCCAAACUGGACGUCAAGGACCCAGUAGAGCUCAAGAAGCUGGCCAGGCAGGGCCACUGGGCCAAGAACCACAAACUUCGUGCCCAGGUCUACCAGCAACUCAUCAAGGCCAUCCCCUGUCGCACCGUCACCCCCGACGCUGAGGUCUACCGUGACCUCAUGGGGGACAACACAGGUAAAAAAGCCUCGUCCGUCAUCCCACUGCCAGACUUUGUGGACGGCAGCGCUGUUCCACGCUACUGCCUCAAGGCAGACUCAGUGACCGCCGUCCACCGGGUCAUCUCCUGUCUGGCGGGCCAGUUCCCAGACAUCUCACACUGCCCGGCACUGCCCGCCAUGACGGCCCUCCUUCUGCACUUCAGCGCCGACGAGGCGCAGUGCUUCGAGCACAUCAGCCGUCUGCUGGCCUGCAACGAGCCGGGCCGACGCUUGGUGGACCAGACCUUCCUGGCCUAUGAGUCCAGCUGCAUGACCUUCGGUGACCUGGCCAACAAGUACUGCCCGGCCGCCCACAAGCUGAUCGUGGCCACAGCGCAGGACGUGGUGGAGGUGUACUCAGGCUGGCAGCGCUGGGUGCUGGGUGACCUGCCCUUCAGCCACAUGGCCCGGGUACUAGACGUCUUCCUGGUGGAAGGAUACAAGGUGUUGUACCGCGUGGCUCUGGCCCUGCUCAAGUUCUACCGCAAGCAGAAGGCCGGGGCUGGGGGUCAGCCGUCAGAGGGCCAGAAACAGGACUCUGCAGAGGUCAAGGCGGAGAUCCAGGCCUUUGUCAAAGCCAUCGGCUCCAGCAUCACCCCAGACAAGCUGCUGGAGAAGGCCUUCUCCAUCCGCCUGUUCAGCCGCAAAGAGAUUACCCUCCUGCAGCUCACCAAUGAGAAGUCGCUGCAGCAGAAGGGCAUCACUGUCAAACAGAAGAGGUGAGUGAGGGCUAGAGAGACGGCAUGAGCUCUAUUGGGUCUAAUUGAAAUUGGAGAGUUAAUUUACUUAUAGAGAAAUAUUGUCUACAAUGCUGUCAAUGGAUAUCAAUGAGGCAGUGGACACUAGUACAUUUACAUUUACGUCAUUUAGCAGACGCUCUUAUCCAGAGCGACUUACAAAUUGGUGCAUUCACCUUAUAGCCAGUGGGAUAACCACUUUACAAUAUGUUUAUUUUUUGGGGGGGGUAAGGGGGGGUAAAAGGAUUACUUUAUCCUAUCCCAGUUAUUCCUUAAAGAGGUGGGGUUUCAAAUGUCUCCGGAAGGUGGUGAGUGACUCCGCUGUCCUGGCGUCGUGAGGGAGCUUGUUCCACCAUUGGGGUGCCAGAGCAGCGAACCGUUUUGACUGGGCUGAGCGGGAACUGUGCUUCCUCUGCUAAUGCUAUGCUAGCGCUUUAGCUAAUGGCAGCGUAAAUAAACAUUAGACAUGGCAAUAGGCCAUGAACCAAAUCAGGAUGGUAUGCUACGAAUGAGAGACAUGCACUCGAAAACAUGUGCGUGACAACUUUAGCCACCAGUGAGGGUCAGGUCUAGAAGGGAUACCGCUAAUGUCAGUGACAUUAUACAUAUUCGAGUCGGGUCGGGGAGAAUUUUAGCUAACCCUUUUCCUUACCUUAACCUAGUUCUCCUAACCUGCCCACCAAUUCUCCUAACCUGCUACGUACGAAUAGUCACAUUUUCGGCAUCCCAUCUAGUCAAAACCACCAGUGAGAAGUGGCCAUCGUUCCUGGCUAUAUAUAGCCGGUAUGACCUGCCGCUAAAAGCAUUUGGAUACCUGCUGUAUUUGGAUUGGUUAAUUGAUUUUCUGUUUUUUAGUUCGCUCACACUUUUUCCUGUUGUGGCUGUCUGUGUGGUUCGGGUCUGCUUUUUGUCACUGAAUCUUUUCUCACCAUUCUGUUCAUAGUUUUCCCCUUUUUGUUUUCUCUUUUUUUGCUGUCCAUUUUCCAUCUGCCGUCGUCUUCUGUUUUCACCUUCACUCCUGUGUCCAUGUGUCUACUGCUCCUCCAUUCUCCUAUUUGCACUUGGCUCUGUUAGUCUGAGGUAGGUGUCUCUCUCUGUUCACCUGUUAAUACUUGAGCUGACCUCCCUCAUUAGUGAUACAUUGUAUUAGAAACUGUGUCCACAUUCUCUGUAAACUAUAAUGUUAUAAGUGACCAGGAAAACACGAUUUGGACAACGAACACACAACCAUAGUCAAAACCAAAAAACAGUGUGAUGGUUUUUGCUUCUCCUUAACACUCAAUUGAAUAUGCCUAAUUAAAGUCCCAGACUGACUACAGUACUAGACGGUCCAAUCCCCUUGUUUAAGGUCUGAAUUAGGUGCUGUUGGUUCCAGCUCACGCUGUGGCCCUUAAGGUCAGGAGUUGUACAGUUACAACAACAACCAUGACAUAUCCAGACAAGCUCAGAAAAUACAGUUUUGACUGUCCGAUCAGGAGAUUGUGUGUUACUGACAAAGUAUUCCUCUCCUUCCUGCCCGGUUACCAUGGCUACAGGCGCAACGUGCAGCUGGCUCUGAACCCGGACACCUUCUCCUCGGAAGUGGUCAGCGCCAAGGAGAUGAGGGACAUCUGGUCAUGGAUCCCCGAGCGCUUCGCCCUGUGCGAACCACAGCUCCUCUUCACUACCUCCACUCACGGCUGCAGCCUCAACAGGUACCCACUGGAGUACCCACUUUACCAGUCUCACUUUAGCCACUCACUGCAGCUAAGGCUAACCACUAGACCAGGGGUGUCAAACAUACUGAUCCAAUGUGGGCCGCAGGUGUUUUCUGGGAGGAAACGGUCUCCGUCUACAUUAAAAUACCUAAAACCAAAUUGAAAGUGGGUAGAAAUUAUAAUGGACCUACGUUUUUAUACAGUCUCUACACUCUGUCCAGCUUGCUAACAAUCACCGAAACGAAAGCUAGACAGUCAGGGAGCAUUCAAUUCCAUAGACUAGGCUAUUUUGGGCAAAUUAUAACCAAUUUUCAGUGCGGUCCUCCGGACGGACCUCAGUGAAGACCGAAUAUGGCCCAUGGGGAAAAAUAAGUUUGAUACCCUGCACUCUACAGUUUCCUGUACCCAGUUUACCUUGCAGUCUCCGGUUCCACACCAACCUAACCUUAGUGACAACUAGGAUUGGGUUAUAGCAACAUUUUCAUAUCAUUGAUAGGCUAUAUCGCUGCAUAUAUGCAACAUUAUCGCUGAUAUGCGAUUAAUAUUGCAGAUAUGAUGAUAUCGCAGAUAUGCAAAAUUAUCGUCGGUAUGCUGUAAUGUACCUGAGUAACUGAUAUACUGCCCACUUUAUUCAUCCUCAUUGGUACACUUUACCCUGUAUUGGGCCCAAUUUACCAUACAGCUUACUCUGUACAUUUCGCCACGGUCUCGGCUACCAUGCCUACUUUACCACAAAGGGGCAAUUUGCGAUUGGUACAUCCAUUUUUUUUUUUACUUUUAAAUGAGUUAUUUAUUUGUACAUACAUACAUACAUACAUACAUACAUACAUACAUACAUACAUACAGUUGAAGUCAUAAGUUUACAUACACCUUAGCCAAAUAAAUUUAAACUCAGUUUUUCACAUUUCGACAUUGAAUCCUAGUAAAGAUUCCCUGUCUUAGGUCAGUUAGGAUCACCACUUUAUUUUAAGAAUGUGAAAUGUCAGAAUAAUAGUAGAGAUUGAUUUAUUUCAGCUUUUAUUUAUUUCAUCACAUUCCCAGUGGGUCAGAAGUUUACAUAUACUCAAUUAGUAUUUGGUAGCAUUGCCUUUAAAUUGUUUAACUUGGGUCAAAUGUUUCGGGUAGCCUUCCACAAGCUUUCCACAAUAAGUUGGGUGAAUUUUGGCCCAUUCCUCCUGACAAAGCUGGUGUAACUGAGUCAGGUUUGUAGGCCUCCUUGCUCGCACACGCUUUUUCAGUUCUGCCCACACAUUUUCUAUAGGAUUGAGGUCAGGGCUUUGUGAUGGCCACUCCAAUACCUUAACUUUGUUGUCCUUAAGCCAUUUUGCCACAACUUUGGAAGGAUGCUUGGGGUCAUUGUCCAUUUGGAAGACCCAUUUGCGACCAAGCUUUAACUUCCUGACUGAUGUCUUGAGAUGUUGCUUCAAUAUAUUCACCAAAUCAUCCUUCCUCAUGAUACCAUCUAUUUUGUGAAGUGCACCAGUCCCUCCUGCAGCAAAGCACCCCCACAGCAUGAUGCUGCCACCCCUGUGCUUCACGGUUGGGAGGGUGUUCUUCGGCUUGCAAGCUCCCCCCUUAUUCCUCCAAACAUAACGAUGGUCAUUAUGGCCAAACAGUUAUAUUUUUGUUUCAUCAGACCAGAGGACAUUUCUCAAAAAAGUAAGGUCUUUGUCCCCAUGUGCAGUUACAAACCGUAGUCUGGCUUUUUAAUGCCGGUUUUGGAGCAGUAGCUUCUUCCUUGCUGAGCGGCCUUUCAGGAUAUGUCGAUAUAGGACUCGUUUUACUGUGGAUAUAGAUACUUUUGUACCUGUUUCCUCCAGCAUCUUCACAAGGUCCUUUGCUCUUGUUCUUUGAUUGAUUUGCACUUUUCGCACCAAAGUACGUUAAUCUCUAGGAGACAGAACGCGUCUCCUUCCUGAGCGGUAUGACGGCUGCGUGGUCCCAUGGUGUUUAUACUUGCGUACUACUGUUUGUACAGAUGAACAUGGUACCUUCAGGCGUUUGUAAAUUGCUCCCAAGGAUGAACCAGACUUGUGGAGGUCUAAAAAAAAAUAUUCUGAGGCCUUAGCUGAUUUUAUUUUUAUUUUCCCAUGAUGUCAAGCAAAGAGGCACUGAGUUUGAAGGUAGGCCUUGAAAUACAUCCACAGGUACACCUCCAGUUGACUCAAAUGAUGUCAAUUAGCCUAUCAGAAGCUUCUAAAGCCAUGACAUCAUUUUCUGGAAUUUUCCAAGCUGUUUAAAGGCACAGUCAACUUAGUGUAUGUAAACUUCUGACCCACUGGAAUUGUGAUACAGUGAAUUAUACAGUGGGGGAAAAAGUAUUUAGUCACCAAUUGUGCAAGUUCUCCCACUUAAAAAGAUGAGAGGCCUGUAAUUUUCAUCAUAGGUACACGUCAACUAUGACAGACAAAAUGAGAGAGAAAAAAUCCAGAAAAUCACAUUGUAGGAUUUUUAAUGAAUUUAUUUGCAAAUUAUGGUGGAAAAUAAGUAUUUGGUCACCUACAAACAAGCAGGAUUUCUGGCUCUCACAGACCUGUAACUUCUUCUUUAAGAGGCUCCUCUGUCCUCCACUCGUUACCUGUAUUAAUGGCACCUGUUUGACCUUGUUAUCAGUAUUAAAGACACCUGUCCACAACCUCAAACAGUCACACUCCAAACUCCACUAUGGCCAAGACCAAAGAGCUGUCAAAGGACACCUCAUUUUUCUCAUUUUGUCUGUCAUAGUUGACGUGUACCUAUGAUGAAAAUUACAGGCCUCUCUCAUCUUUUUAAGUGGGAGAACUUGCACAAUUGGUGGCUGACUAAAUACUUUUUUUCCCCCACUGUAUAUGCUUGUUUUACUCCAUUGUUUAUAAAUGUAAUUGUACACAAACACUUUAUAUCCUAAAAACAUGCUUGAAACUAUACAUUUAAUAUCAUGGAUGGUCAGCCAUUACAUCUGUCUAUUAAUUUGAGACAGGCUACAUUUCUCCAGCCCCAUCCCUCAGCUAUUUACCAAAACAGUGGUGGGACUGCCACUUUGUUAUUGUUUGAAUUGCAGAUUGCCUCUUUAAAAGAGGGGUAAGGAAAUGACUUGGGGACAGUAAGGUCACCCACUUAUGUAUUUUUGUUCAGCAGCAAUAGAACUAGAAUAUAAUUUUAGUUUAGUUAAGUGAAGAAUCAGCAAUGGCCCUUGUUCAAUAUUCACACUCCCCUUGACCUUGUACAGCCUCGUACUGAAUCCAUCACCCACAGGCCAAACGGAAGACUUAGUUUAGGAUCAUAUUCACAUAUUCAUAGCUCACAGACAAACAGAAUCUUGUUUAUAGAAUGCGAACAGUAGCCCACACUUUUUCUCCAGGGCCAGGUUUUAAGGAUCAAUACUGUAGGUUUAGUUAAUAUUUACCCUCCUGUAUUGGUUUACUGUUCAUCAGGUGAGACACGGAUGAAUAUCAGAGCUAUCGAAAGUAUAUCACUAGGGGCCAUAAAGACGUUCAUACUUUCAGUCAGCUAGUGAAAAAGGCUGAUCUCUCAGACUUAAAUUGACACAUUUGGUUUUUCAAUAGGAAUGGGUUAACUUUCUGAAUUAUGCUACAUAGAAAUCAUUGACCAAAGAGACACUGCAGUAUGAUCAUAAAACAAAAGAAUGAAUGUAAUCUGACCUUGUAAAAAAACACAUGGAAUGUAUCGUACAUCAUCUUUUAAGAUGCAGCAUGAUAGUUAAAGGGAAGCUUAUGUGUGUGUUUUUCGUAUGGAUCAUUUCAUGCAUACAUACGUGGCCAGAUUGUGUAAUAGUGGUUGUCCAUUCCUUUUGUCCCAGGUUCUACGCUCAUGUCGAAGGCUAUGAGCCCACUCUGCUACUCAUCAGGACCUGUGACGCUGACGUAAGGACCUUACACACACACAGCGUUACCACCCUCGUGGAACAGUAUAAUGACAACCACAGCAAUAGACGAGUAACUCUCGAGCUCACAUUUAUUAUGAUAUUGAAAAAGUAGGCAUGGUGUUUUAAAUCUACAGUUGAGUCUGUUUUUCAAUCAUAUUGAUAUGGUAAAGACCUAUCUUUUUAAUUAUAUCUAUGAAUACAGGUACCAUAUGCAGUAUCUACUUUUUUUAAUAACGAAAUUUGAGUGACUGAAUAUAUAUAUAUAUUUUUUUGUGCCUUUUUUGCAACCCUGUCUCGAAGUGUCAUAUCCCUGUUUUCCUCUUCUUCUAUGCCUUUUGACAUUGUCCCAUAUCCCUGUUUUCCUCUUCUUCUAUGCCUUUUGACAUUGUCCCAUCCUUCUAUUUCCUAUCCCACUUCUCCCUUUGAUUCUACUGUAAUACACCCUCUCACCAUGCCCUGCAUUGUCUGUCCAGGUAUGUGGAGCCUUUCUCUCAACCGAUUGGGAGGAGCGCAAGCGAGGCGGGAACAAACUCAGCUUCUUUGGGACUGGAGAAUGUUUUGUCUUUAGGGUGAGUUGUGUUUAUUUCCCUAUUUACUUAAUUUUUCCUAUUCAAGGCUAUGUGAAUCCACCAUUCUCUAUUUUUUUGUAUUAUUUUUGGGGAGCAAGGUUAUUAUAGUAAACGAAAACUGAAACUAAAAUAAAAACUACAAUUGGAAAAACUAUUUAGUAAACUGAAAUCAAACUAGGAAAAACGCUUGAAAAAUCGAAAACUACACUGAAACUAUUGUUGACUGCAAAACUAACUCAGAUAUAAUAAAAACCAUCAAAUUCUGUAUUAUUUUUAUUUUACUUUGUGCAAAAAAUCAAAUGCUGUUUUCAAACUUUUUUUUUUAUGGGGUUUUCGAGCUUCUGAAUCUGGUGGGUAAAUGCUGCCAGUAUAUGGCAAUGUUUCAAAUAGGCCUAGCUUGUGCAUCACUAUCACUAGCUAACAGGGUAGAAAUCCGAGGGUGAGUGCGCAGCAUGAGGGUGAACAAUGGCGGCAGCAAACCCAACACCAGCAGUGGUCGGUCGCAAAAGGCAAAGCCCUGUAUGGGAUGAUUUAUAGUACAUUGCUGGAAAGGACAAAAGCAAAUGUAUUGUAGUGUCAGAUGGCAGUGUGUGUGAAAUGGAGAUAAAGGGGGAAACCCAACCAACCUGAACAGCACCCACAAAGAAUGUCAGGAUAAAGACAAGGUCAAACUGCUAUUAUUUAAUUUUUGGAAUUAGGUCAGGAUUCGACUCAAAUCUAAUUUUAUUUGUCACAUGCGCCGAAUACAACAAGUUUAGACUUGUGAAAUGCUUACUUAUUAACUAUUUCCCAACAAUGCAGUUAAAAGUAAGAAAAAUAAAAUGGUAACACAAUAAAAUAACACACGAGGCUAUAUACAGGCUAUAUACAAGGAGUACCGGUACCGAGUCAGUGUACGGCGGUAUGAGGUAGUUGGGGUGAUAUGGUACAUGUAGGUUUGGUUAGGUGAUUGAUUGAUUGAAGUACUACAGUGAGGGGAAAAAGUAUUUGAUCCCCUGCUGAUUUUUGCCCACUGACAAAGACAUGAUCAGUCUAUAAUUUUAAUGGUAGGUUUAUUUAAACAGUGAGAGACAGAAUAACAACAAAAAAAUCCAGAAAAACGCAUGUAAAAAAUAUUAUAAAUUGAUUUGCAUUUUAAUGAGGGCAAUAAGUAUUUGACCCCUCUGCAAAACAUGACUUAGUACUUGGUGGAAAAACCCUUGUUGGCAAUCACAGAGGUCAGACGUUUCUUGUAGUUGGCCACCAGGUUUGCACACAUCUCAGGAGGGAUUUUGUCCCACUCCUCUUUGCAGAUCUUCUCCAAGUCAUUAAGGUUUCGAGGCUGACGUUUGGCAACUCGACGUCAUUGUCAUGCUGGAAUACCCAUCCACGACCCAUUUUCAAUGCCCUGGCUGAGGGAAGGAGGUUCUCACCCAAGAUUUGACGGUACAUGGCCCCGUCCAUCAUCCCUUUGAUGCGGUGAAGUUGUCCUGUCCCCUUAGCAGAAAAACACCCCCAAAGCAUAAUGUUUCCACCUCCAUGUUUGACGGUGGGGAUGGUGUUCUUGGGGUCAUAGGCAGCAUUCCUCCUCCUCCAAACACGGCGAGUUGAGUUGAUGCCAAAGAGCUAGAUUUUGGUCUCAUCUGACCACAACACUUUCACCCAGUUCUCCUCUGAAUCAUUCAUUUACAUUUACAUUUCAUUUACAUUUUAGUCAUUUAGCAGACGCUCUUAUCCAGAGCGACUUACAUAUUAUUAUUUUUUUUAUACUGGCCCCCUGUGGGAAUCGAACCCACAACCCUGGCGUUGCAAACGCCAUGCUCUAUCAACUGAGCUACAUCCCUGCCGGCCAUUCCCUCCCCUACCCUGGACGACGCUGGGCCAAUUGUGCGCCGCCCAUGAGUCUCCCGGUCGCGGCCGGCUGCGACAGAGCCUGGAUUCGAACCAGGAUCUAGUGACACAGUUUUGCACUGCAUUCAGAUGUUCAUUGGCAAACUUCAAAUCAAAUCAAAUCAAAUUUUAUUGGUCACAUGCGCCGAAUACAACAGGUGCAGACAUCACAGUGAAAUGCUUACUUACAGCCCUUAACCAACAGUGCAUUUAUUUUUAACAAAAAAAGUAAAAAUAAAACAACAACAACAAAAAAAGUGUUGAGAAAAAAAAGAGCAGAAGUAAAAUAAAAUAACAGUAGGGAGGCUAUAUAUACAGGGGGGUACCGGUGCAGAGUCAAUGUGCGGGGGCACCGGCUAGUUGAGGUAGUUGAAGUAAUAUGUACAUGUGGGUAGAGUUAAAGUGACUAUGCAUAAAUAAUUAACAGAGUAGCAGCAGCGUAAAAAGGAUGGGGUGGGGGGGCAGUGCAAAUAGUCCGGGUAGCCAUGAUUAGCUGUUCAGGAGUCUUAUGGCUUGGGGGUAGAAGCUGUUGAGAAGUCUUUUGGACCUAGACUUGGCACUCCGGUACCGCUUGCCGUGCGGUAGCAGAGAGAACAGUCUAUGACUAGGGUGGCUGGAGUCUUUGACAAUUUUGAGGGCCUUCCUCUGACACCGCCUGGUAUAGAGGUCCUGGAUGGCAGGAAGCUUGGCCCCAGUGAUGUACUGGGCCGUACGCACUACCCUCUGUAGUGCCUUGCGGUCGGAGGCCAAGCAGUUGUCAUACCAGGCGGUGAUGCAACCAGUCAGGAUGCUCUCGAUGGUGCAGCUGUAGAAUUUUUUGAGGAUCUGAGGACCCAUGCCAAAUCUUUUCAGUCUCCUGAGGGGGAAUAGGCUUUGUCGUGCCCUCUUCACGACUGUCUUGGUGUGUUUGGACCAUGAUAGUUCGUUGGUGAUGUGGACACUAAGGAACUUGAAGCUCUCAACCUGUUCCACUACAGCCCCGUCGAUGAGAAUGGGGGCAUGCUCAGUCCUCUUUUUUUUCCGUUGAGGGAGAGGUUGUUGUCCUGGCACCACACGGCCAGGUAUCUGACCUCCUCCCUAUAGGCUGUCUCAUCGUUGUCGGUGAUCAGGGGGACCUUGCGGGCGCUGCAGGAUUUCAGUCCUUCACGGCGUAGUGUGUUGUGUGUUGCCUUGAGAUCAUUGACAAGAUCCUCCCGUGUAGUUCUGGGCUGAUUCCUCACCGUUCUCAUGAUCAUUGCAACUCCACGAGGUGAGAUCUUGCAUGGAGCCCCAGGCUGAGGGAGAUUGACAGUUCUUUUGUGUUUCUUCCAUUUGAGAAUAAUCUCACCAAGCUGCUUGGCGAUGGUCUUGUAGCCCAUUCCAGCCUUGUGUAGGUCUACAAUCUUGUCCCUGACAUCCUUGGAGAGCUCUUUGGUCUUGGCCAUGGUGGAGAAUUUGGAAUCUGAUUGAUUGAUUGCUUCUGUGGACAGGUGUCUUUUAUACAGGUAACAAGCUGAGAUUAGGAGCACUCCCUUUAAGAGUGUGCUCCUAAUCUCAGUUUGUUACCUGUAUAAAAGACACCUGGGAGCCAGAAAUCUUUCUGACUGAGAGGGGGUCAAAUACUUAUUUCCCUCAUUAAAAUGCAAAUCAAUUUAUAACAUUUUUUACAUGCAUUUUUCUGUAUUUUUCUGUUGUUAUUCUGUCUCUCACUGUUCAAAUAAACCUACCAUUCAAAUUAUAGACUGAUAAUUUCUUUGUCAGUGGGCAAACGUACAAAAUCAGCAGGGGAUCAAAUACUUUUUUCCCUCACUGUAUGUACAGGUAGGGGGUGAAAAGCAGAAUGUCCAGGUAGCCAUUUAAUUAACUAUUCAGCAGUUUUAUGGUUUGGGGGUAGAAGCUGUUCAGGAGCCUUUUGGUUCCAGACUUGGAGCUCUGGUACCGCUUGCCGUGCGGUAGCAGAGAGAAAAGUCUAUGACUAGGGUGGCUGGAGUCUUUGACAAUUUCUUGGGCCUUCCUCUGACACCGCCUGGUAUAGAGGUCGUGGAUGGCAGGGAGCUCGGCCCCAGUGAUGUACUGGGCCGUACGCACUAACCUCUGUAGCGCCUUGCGGUCGGAUGACGAGCAGUUGCCAUACUAAGCGGGGAUGCAGCCAAUCAAGAUGCUAUCAACUUUUUAAGAUCUGAGGGCCCAUGCCAAAUCUUUUCAGCUUCCUGAAAGGAAAGAGGUGUUGUCACGUCACGGGUUUGCCACCUAGGAAAUGUGUGUGACCGGACCAUCUCAAAUAGUACUUGAGUACCCCUGCUAUAGGCCUACAACACAUAAAUGGCUCCUAGCCUCCCAUGCAUAAGGCUACUUUCUGUCCCUAACACUGAAACUAAAUAAUAUAAAAAUGAAAUAUAAAUGUUUUUAUCAAACUGAAACUGAAAGAAAACUUGUAAAUCAAGUCUGAAAACUAACUGAAACUAAACUGAAUUUCAAAUGAAAAUCCUAAAGUAAUAGAAAUAAAAACUAAUAGAAAAUCACAACUAUAAAAACCUUGUUGGGGAUUAGAAUGUUUUGUGGAAUGUUUUGGGUGCAUCCCAUAUAAUUUCGCCUCCAAGGUAGCAAUCAGUGACUAAGAGUGGACACCAGGGGGCGCCAUUUACAAAUAGUUUCUUCAUCCCCAGUCACAAUAAUUAGCCUCCUUAUCAACAGUCUGGCCUCCACCCACUCUGAACAGAAAAGCCAAAAUGCAGUAUUUCUUCUUGAGUGAUAGUGAUAGUUUUGUACAUUUUAGAGAGGUUUUGCUGAGUGUAUCUGGGUCUAGAAAUAGCCUUCUUUCAAGUCCUUUUCCAUUUAAUUAUUAAAGUGUUGUGGUGUGGAUGAUGCACAGCUAUGUGCUCUGACGGUCUGCCUGUGAAUACCGCCCUACACAGACACACACACUCAUCGGAAACUCCUGAAACUGGAGCCGAACGGUACAGUAGCACCUGAUCAGGCCCUCACCUGCCACCACAUACAUUUUAACAUUUUAGUCAUUUAGCAGACGCUCUUCAGAGCGACUUACAGUAGUGAGUGCAUACGUUUUCGUACUGGUCCCUCGUGGGAAUCGAACCAACAACCCUGGCGUUGCAAGCGCCAUGUUCUACAAACUGAGCCACACGGGACAGUAACAGGGGACCACACACAGUAAGAUGGGGAUCGAGAUCUAUUAGACAUGCAAGGAGAAAAGGGAGUGGAGAAACUAGAGGAGGUGGGUGGAGGAUGGGGACAGGGAAUGAAAAAGCACCAAUUAUGACAGAGUAUCAGUAUCCAGUUUGUGUCUGGAGGGUUCGAGGUAAACACCUCAAGUGUGUGUGUGUAUAUAUGAAAAUAUACCCUCAAAUGUGAUCAAUGAUUGUUACUCUCUGUUUGUCCAUAUAGCUGAAGCCGGAGAUGGAGAGGUACGAGUGGGUGGUGAUCCGCCACCCGGAACUGGCCUCCUCCAUCAAGGCCCAGAGCAGUGAGGACCCUGCUGAGGACGAGGCUCCCACCGACGGGCAGAACUCUGACAACAGCCUCCCCGUGGAGAGGCCGGCCGCUGACCCAUCCAACCGCCUGUCGCCCUUCCUCUCGGCCCGACACUUCCACCUCAACUCCAGAAACACCUCCAUGUUCAUGGCUGGCAACUUUGACUCCAUCAUAGUCGGUGAGUGGGAAUCAGUCCUUCAUAACCAGCGUCUCUUGUUCGUAAUCAAUCAGACUGUCCAGAGUGAGUAGAUUGUCCUCAUCAAUGACUGAUAUAGACCUGACAAUUAAACUAACAUCUAGGAACUGAGGAUCCCUGUGGCCCUUGCCUGUGAGUCUCCUCUCCCUCAGCGUCUCUCUUUAAAAAAAAUGGAUCUCUCAGAUCCAGUGCACUCACCUAGAUUCAGCUCAUUUUUCUGUCUUAACUCCUCCUGCUGUUCUGUCUCCUGCCAGGGGGAGGCGAGGGCAACGCGCUGUACAUCGACGGCGAGCUGAACCACGGACGCACAGCCCGCUGCACCACCUUCGACAACCCACCGCUCUGCUCCACCGAGAGCUUCCAGGUGGCCCUGCUGGAGGUGUGGGGCUUCCAGGACGCCAUGGCCUCCGAUAGAUAGAGAGACACACACACACAGUUAGAGACACACACACCCCACCAAGGGCCUGAUGAAGGUACCAGCAAUAUCAGAACAAACCCCUUUCCGUCCAGCAAAUUCAUUUAUCCUUUGAAUUCGAUACAUAAAUGUGAAAUAUUUGUAUUUAUUAAUGUAAAACAAGUAUCAUAUUCUGAAAGUAUCUUUAUUUGUGAUUAUUUUUUACAGUUUUAAUUGUUGUAUUAUUCUUUUUGUUGACUCAUUUGGGGGAUUUUAACUUGUUUCAUUUCUAUAUUCACUUUAUAUCUACUCAUGAAUUUGUGCAAUCUGGUUAGGCAC